UUGAUUCCCGAGUUUCGUCGGCAUUUUGCGUUUGUUUACCAUUUCCACGGCGUUAUUUUUAUCGCGAAUCUCUGUGAUUCUACUCUUAACGGCGUCAGUGUGUGUUGUUAUUCUCGUUGUGGUGUGCUGGUGCGGUUUCUUGGAUUUCCUUGGAUUUAUGCAAAAUGAAAUUAAAAAAUGUUACAAAAGUUAAGGGUAAAAGGGAUGUGGGCACCGAUGGAUCUACACAGAAAGUAUCACAAAUGACAGUUUCUCAAUUGUCGAACGAUGUAAUAUGGGAGGUUGCCUCCAAAUAUUGGUCUCCGGAUUCCCAGAAUCAUAUGUCCUAUAAUUCAGAUAUUAUAAAAGAUAUUUAUCGUGCAGAGAUUUUGGAACAUCCCAAUUCCACCAGACGUAUUGUAAUGUUAGAGUUUAGCCAAUAUUUGGAACAGUAUUUAUGGCCCAACUACAAACGUGAUGAUGCUUCACAUAGCCAUGUUAUGUCCAUUAUUUAUAUGGUCAAUGAAAAGUUCCGGGAACGUGUGGAAGUUUGGAACACAUUUGAACAAAAAUCCGAAGAGUUCCCGGCAUUCUUUCGCCAGGUGUUGGAGAAAUGUUUAGACAAUUCGGGCCAAACUAAGGUGCGUGAGAAAACGGCAUUGUUGGUGUUUUUGAAUCACUGUUUCAACAGCAUGGAAAUAGAGCUGUGUCGCAAUCAGGUGAAACGUUUGGUCUCGCUAUCGAUGUGGAGUUGUUUGCAGCCAAAACGUUUGGACCAGGAACUACGUGAAACCCCCGAAUGGAAACGUUAUUGGAAAAAGCUGCAGAAAAAGGAGAAAAACGACAAGAAACCUGAAGUGGAGUGGGAAAGACAUUUCCUGCAAAAUUUAAUUAAACAGUUCCUUAAUAUCUUGGAAAGUUUACCGUUGGAGGGUCCUAUCGACCCCAGCAUUUUACAGUAUUGUGAACGAUUUCUAGAGCUUAUGAUUGACUUGGAAGCUCUAUUGCCAACGAGACGUUUCUUUAAUACCGUCCUGGAUGAUACUCACUUGCUGGUGCGUGCACAAAUUUGUAAUUUGGUCCAACGAUCCGAGGGAAAGCUGUUCGGUCAGCUCUUGGAUAUGUUGAAAUUCUACAGCCGUUUUGAAAUCAAUGAUGUCACCGGUGAUUCAUUAACCGAUCAUGACAUGACUCAGAUACAUUAUAAGAAAAUCACGUCACUACAAAGAGCUGCUUUUGCAAAAUUCCCCGAUCUAAAGUUAUUUGCAUUAUCCAAUGUGGCCAGUGUUGAUACACGUGAAUCAUUGGAACGUCACUUUGGCAGUUUGGAUGAGAAGGCCUUGAAGCAGAUAGCCAGCUUUUUGAAUUUGGUACCGGAUGAUUUGAAGCCACCCUUCGAUUGGUAUCGUUUGGAUGAGGAGUUUCUCAAAGAGCUGUUGAUAACUCGUCACGAACGCCGUUGCUCCCAAUUGGAUGCCUUAAAUGAAAUGCCCCUCUAUCCCACCGAGGAUGUAAUAUGGGAUGAGAAUGUUGUGCCAACGGAAUAUUUUUCCGGAGAUGGCUGUUUGGCAUUGCCCAAAUUGAAUUUACAAUUUCUAACAUUGCAUGAUUAUUUGUUGAGGAAUUUCAAUCUGUUUCGCCUGGAAUCGACAUACGAGAUACGCCAAGAUAUUGAAGAUGCGGUUAGUCGCAUGUUGCCAUGGCAAUCGGAAGACGGUGGUGUGGUGUUUGGGGGCUGGGCGCGUAUGGCUUUGCCCAUAGCCUCAUUUGCUGUGGUUGAGGUGGCAAAACCUCACAUUGGUGAGAAGAAACCUUCACGGGUGAGGGCGGAUAUUUCGGUGACAUUAUCGGUGCGCAAAGAAAUCAAAGAAGAAUGGGAAAAUCUCAGGAAACAUGAUGUGUGCUUUCUGAUCACAGUUAAGCCAACAGUUCCAUAUGGCACCAAAUACAAUCCUCGAGAACCUUUCAUACCCCAAGUGGGAUUGGUCCAUGUUCGAGGUUGUGAAAUUGAGGGUAUGUUGGAUGCCAAUGGUCGUGUCAUAGAAGAUGGCCCAGAUCCCCGACCCCAAUUACCUGGUGAGAAUCGAACCUAUCGUGUUUGGUUGGAUUGCAAUCAGUAUCGCCUAGACAUGGAUUCCCUGCAGGAGGGUGGUGACGAUGUCUAUGAAAGUUUCAACAUUUUAAUGCGUCGCAAACCCAAGGAGAAUAAUUUCAAGGCUGUUUUAGAAACCAUACGCCACUUGAUGAAUACAGAAUGUGUGGUACCUUCGUGGUUGCAUGAUAUAUUACUGGGCUAUGGUGACCCUAGUGCUGCUCAUUAUUCCAAAAUGCCAAAUCAGGAACGUUCUCUUGAUUUCAAUGAUACCUUCCUUUCCUAUCAACAUGUGCUCGAUAGUUUUCCGGAUUACAAAUUGAAAUGUGAUGUACCCGAAGAUAAACGCCUCCCACCAUUCCGUUUGGUGUUUGAAGAUGUCAAGGAAGUUGAUGAAAACGGGGAAAGUCGUGACAGUUCCGAAGAAAGUAAGGUGAUCUCUGUCCAAACAUACAAGAUACAAAAUCGUGGACCCUAUUUGGAAAAUAAACCCAAGCAAAAUUCCAUACGUUUCACACCCACUCAAAUCGAAGCCAUACGGGCUGGCAUGCAACCGGGCUUAACUGUCGUAGUCGGUCCACCUGGUACGGGUAAAACUGAUGUUGCUGUGCAAAUUAUUUCGAAUAUCUAUCACAAUCAUCCAAACCAGCGUACUCUAAUUGUUACCCAUUCAAAUCAGGCCUUAAAUCAACUGUUCGAGAAAAUCAUGGCCCUGGACAUAGAUGAACGUCAUUUGUUGCGUUUGGGUCAUGGCGAAGAGGCACUUGAAACCGAAAAAGAUUUCAGUCGUUAUGGACGUGUAAAUUAUGUUUUGGCCAAACGUUUGGAUCUCCUAAAUCAGGUACAAAAGCUACAAGAAGCCAUGAAUGUAACGGGCGACAAUGCCUACACAUGCGAAACAUCGGGAUAUUUUUAUCUUUAUCAAGUGAUGGCGCGCUGGGAAAAGUUUCAAAAUGAGGCUCUGCAAAUGGCCAAGGAUGAGAGCAACGAUAAUUGGCGUAAAUUUUUCGAAGAAAAAUAUCCAUUUAAUAAAUUCUUUGCUGAUGCUCCACAACCCUUGUUUAAGGGUGAUACCUUUGAGGAUUACAUGGAAAUUGCCAAAUCUUGUUUCCGUUAUAUUUCUCACAUAUUUACGGAACUGGAAGAGUUUAGGGCAUUUGAGCUGUUGCGCACUGGCCUUGAUCGUUCGAAAUAUUUGCUGGUCAAGGAGGCCAAGAUAAUUGCCAUGACCUGUACCCAUGCAGCAUUGAAACGUAAAGAAUUGGUCAAUCUAGGAUUCCGCUAUGACAACAUACUAAUGGAAGAAGCAGCACAAAUCCUCGAAAUCGAAACAUUCAUACCACUUUUGCUACAAAAUCCCAUGGAUGGUUUUAAUCGUUUGAAACGAUGGAUAAUGAUUGGAGAUCAUCACCAGCUGCCUCCGGUCAUAAAAAAUAUGGCAUUCCAAAAAUAUUCCAACAUGGAACAGAGCUUGUUUACAAGACUGGUGCGUUUGGGUGUGCCCACAGUUGAUUUGGAUGGCCAAGGUCGUGCUCGUUCUGAGAUUUGUUCCCUCUAUAAAUGGCGCUACAAGAAAUUGGAUGAUCUUUCUCAUAUCUUGGAUAAAGAAGAAUACCGCCGUUCAAAUGCCGGUCUUCGCUAUGAAUAUCAACUUGUCAAUGUUGAUGAUUUUAAUGGUGUGGGUGAAACAGAACCUAAUCCAUAUUUCUAUCAAAAUCUGGCUGAAGCUGAGUACAUUGUUGCUGUAUUUAUGUACAUGCGUUUGCUAGGUUAUCCGGCUGAAAAGAUUUCAAUUUUAACCACCUACAAUGGGCAGAAGCAUUUGAUACGUGACGUCAUCAAUGUUAGAUGUGGAAAUAAUCCUUUAAUUGGCUGGCCCCAUAAGGUGACCACAGUGGAUAAAUAUCAGGGUCAACAGAAUGAUUAUAUUCUCAUUUCGCUGGUGCGGACAAAGGCGGUGGGUCACAUACGAGAUGUUCGACGUUUGGUGGUGGCCAUGAGUCGUGCCAGACUGGGUCUAUACAUAUUUGGAAGGGUGGGAUUGUUUAAGAACUGUCUCGAAUUGCAGCAGACAUUCAAAUUGUUAACAAAACGCUCACAAAAACUACAACUUGUGGAAAAUGAAUCAUAUCCCACGGAACGUAAGACCAAUGAUGAUCCUCCCGAAGAGAGCAUUAAAACUAUGGAGAAUAUGACACAAAUGGCUCAAUAUGUCUAUCAGAUGUAUUGCAAAAAACUAGAAACCAUAAAGGAUCAACUACCUCAAGAAUCAUCUGCAGAUACCGAAAUGUAUGCCAAUAUACCCACAGAAGAAACCACACAAGAUUCCAACAAUGAUGGCGAGGAAGAAAAUGAACUCGCAAGCAUGGAAGUAUAUGAGCCACCAGCCAAGAAGGCCAACAAAGAUGCAACAAGCAAAGAUAAAAAUUCCACAGCAGCAAGUAGUAAAGCAUUUAAACCCACACCCAUUGUAAACGAAAUUGAGGUGGACGAAGAAGAAGUAGAAAAACAACAAGAAAAAACUGAAGAUGAAAACAAAAACGAAGCAAAAUCUUCAGAAUAGGCAUAAAAACAAGACAUUCAAUUUUUUUUAAAUACAGAAUAAAAAAAUAUAUUUUUUAUCAAAG